UCUCUCCUUUGCUCCUGUUCACUGACAAAUUUCAAGAUUUCCAGAUUCUAGACCUUUAGGAAAAGGAAGGCACUUUCUAAAGGAAACCACUAUGGAGAGUAGUGGCCCUAAAGUGCUGGAAACAGCAGAAGAGAUCCAGGAGAGACGCCAGGAGGUGUUGGAUCGGUACCAGAGGUUCAAGAGUCUGGUGGCUGAAAGGGGCCAGAAGCUCGAAGAGUCCUACCACUACCAAGUGUUCCGGCGAGAUGCAGACGACCUAGAGAAGUGGAUCUUGGAGAAACUUAAGGUUGCAGAUGACAAGAGCUAUGAAGACCCCACAAACAUCCAGGGAAAGUAUCAGAAGCAUGAAUCCUUUGAAGCAGAGGUGCAAUCGAAGUCAAGGGUCAUUCCUGAGCUGGAAAAGAUUCAGGAAGUCCGAUUUGCUGAGGGACAUUUUGCCCAUGAUGACACCAAGACUCACCUGGAGGAGCUCCGCCGCUUGUGGGACCUGCUGGUUGAGAUGACCCGAGAGAAGGGCGCAUUGCUUCUCCGGGCUCUGCGGCUGCAGCAGUUCCUACAGGAGUGCGCGGACAUCCUGGAGUGGAUCACAGAUAAGGAGGCCAUUGUGACCUCAGUGGAGCUGGGAGAGGACUGGGAACGCACAGAAGUUUUACACAAGAAGUUUGAGGAGUUCCAGGUGGACUUGGCAUCCCGGAAGGGCCGAGUAGAUGGAGUGAACCAGUAUGCCAAUGAGUGUGCCCAGGAGGAACACCCUAAGCUGCCCCUAAUCAUAUCCAAAAGGGAUGAGGUGAACACUGCCUGGGAUCGACUCCAUGGCCUGGCUCUCCAGCGGCAGAAGACCCUGUCCAACGCAGCAGACCUCCAAAGAUUCAAACGGGAUGUCACAGAAGCCAUCCAGUGGAUCAAGGAGAAGGAGCCACUGCUCACCUCUGAGGACUAUGGCAAGGACUUGGUGAGCGCCGAGGCCCUGUUCCACAGCCACAAGGGGCUGGAACGCAACCUGGCUGUCAUGGAUGACAAGGUGAAAGAGUUGUGUGCCAAGGCAGACAGGCUCCAGCACUCACACCCUUUGGAGGCCCCUCAGAUCCAGCAGAUGAAAGAGGAGCUCCUCUCCAACUGGGAGCACACCCGAGCCUUGGCCACCACCAGAUAUGCCAAGCUGCAGGCUUCUUACUGGUACCAGCGUUUCCUGUCGGACUUUGAGGAGCUGUCUGGCUGGAUGAAGGAGAAGACCGCACUGAUCAAUGCAGAUGAGCUCCCUGCAGAUGUGGCUGGUGGGGAGGCCCUGCUGGACAGACACCAGCAGCAUAAGCAUGAGAUUGACUCUUACUCUGAGCGAUUUCAAUCUGCUGAUGAGACCGGCCAGUCCUUGCUGGAUGUGAGCCAUGAAGCCUCAGAGGAAAUUCAAGAUAAGAUGGCCAUUCUUACCACCAACUGGGCAGCCCUGCUGGCACUGUGGAACAGACGCCAGCAGCAGUACGAGCAGUGCCUGGACUUGCACCUCUUCUACCGUGACAGCGAGCAGGUGGACAGCUGGAUGAGCAGACAGGAGGCCUUCCUGGAUAAUGAAGACCUGGGGAACUCCCUGGGAAGUGUAGAAGCUCUUCUUCAGAAGCAUGAUGACUUUGAGGAAGCCUUCUCUGCCCAGGAGGAGAAGAUCACAACCUUAGAUAAGACUGCAACCAAACUGAUUGACAAUGAACAUUAUGAUUCAGAAAACAUCGCUUCUAUCCGGGAUGGGCUGCUGGCCCGGCGGGACGCCCUUCGGGACAGGGCUGCCACCCGCCGAAGGAUGCUGGAGGACUCCCAGCUCCUACAGCAACUGUACCAGGACUCAGAUGACCUGAAGAACUGGAUCAAUAAGAAAAAAAAGUUGACAGAUGAUGAAGAUCAUAAGGAUACCCAGAAUUUGAAGAGUCGGGUUCAGAAACAGCAAGUGUUUGAAGAGGAGCUGCUGGCUAAUGAGGCUCUGCUCAACAAUUUAGAAAAAACUGGCCAGGAAAUGAUUGAGAAGGACCACUAUGCCUCUGACAAGGUGGCUGCACGUGUGAGUGAGGUCGUCAGUCUCUGGAAGGAGCUGUUAGAGGCCACAGCACAGAAAGGGACACAACUGCAUGAGGCAAACAAGCAGCUGCAAUUUGAAAACAAUGCAGAAGAUCUAAGGCGCUGGUUGGAGGAAGUGGAAGUCCAGGCUGCCUCGGAGGAUUAUGGGAAGGGCCUAGCUGACGUGCAGAACCUGCUCCGGAAGCAUGGCCUCCUGGAAUCACAAGCUGCUUCCCGCCAGGACCAGGUGGACACUAUCACAGACCUGGCUGCAUAUUUUGAAGAAACUGGCCACCCAGAGGCUGGGGACAUCCGGGCAAGGCAGGAAUCCUUAGUGUCCCGCUUUGAAGCUCUGAAAGAGCCCCUGGGUGCCAGGAAGAAAAAACUGAUGGACCUUCUUCACCUGCAGCAGAUCUGCAGGGACACGGAGGAUGAGGAGGCUUGGAUCCAAGAGACAGAGCCUUCUGCAGCCUCCACACACUUAGGCAACGAUCUGAUUGCUUCUAAGAACCUUCUGAACCGGCACCAGGUUAUCCUGGCUGACAUCAGCAGCCAUGAGCCACGCAUCCGGGUGAUAACAGAUAGAGGAAACAAAAUGGUGGAGGAAGAACAUUUUGCUGCUGAAGAUGUGGCUUCACGGGUCCGGAAUUUGAAUGAGAACAUGGAGUCUCUUCAGGCCCGGGCUGCAAGGCGGCAGCAGGCCCUGGAGGCCAGUGUCCAGUUCCAGCAGUACCUGGCAGACCUGCAUGAGGCAGAAGCCUGGAUCCGAGAGAAGGAACCUACUGUGGACAACACCUACUAUGGGGCUGAUGAGGAGGCAGCUGGGGCUCUUCUGAAGAAGCAUGAAGCCUUCCUGAUGGACCUUCAUGCCUUUGGGAAUAGCAUGCAAGCUCUACGGGACCAGGCAGAAGCCUGCCAGCAACAGCAGGCUGCACCGGUGGAGGGAGCUGCCCGGGAAGAGAGGGUUGUGGCUUUAUAUGACUUCCAGGCUCGAAGCCCCCGAGAGGUCACUAUGAAGAAAGAUGAUGUCCUGACUCUACUCAGUUCCAUCAACAAGGACUGGUGGAAGGUGGCGGCGGAUGACCACCAGGGCUUCGUGCCAGCCAUCUAUGUGAGAAAGCUGGCCUACGAUGAGUUUCCCACGCUACCGCUGCGCCGGAGGGAGGAACCAGACAGCAUCAGCCAGCGCCAGGAGCAGAUAGAGAGCCAAUACCGCUCCCUCCUGGAUCGGGCUGAUGAGCGCAGGCGCAGGCUGUUACAGAGAUACAAUGAGUUCCUCCUGGCCUAUGAGGCUGGAGAUAUGCUCGACUGGAUCCGAGAGAAGAAGGCUGAGAACACUGGGGUGGAGCUUGAUGAUGUCUGGGAGCUGCAGAAAAAGUUCGAUGAAUUCCAGACGGACCUGAAAACCAAUGAGCCACGACUAAGAGACAUCAACAAGGUGGCUGAUGAUCUUCUGUUUGAAGAACUUCUAACACCUGAAGGAGCUCAAAUUCAGCAGGAAUUAAAUGCACGCUGGGGCUCCUUGCAGAGACUUGCAGAGGAACAGCGCCAGCUGCUGGGCAGUGCCCAUGCUGUUCAGAUGUUUCACAGAGAAGCAGAUGACACAAAGGAGCAGAUUGAGAAGAAGUAUCAGGCCCUCAGCAUUGCUGAUCCUGGCUCAGACCUGUUCAGUGUCCAGGCCCUUCAGCGACAGCAUGAUGGCUUUGAGAGAGACCUUAUACCCCUGGGGGAAAAGGUGACCGUACUUGGGGACACAGCUGAGCGACUCAUGGAGUCCCACCCUGAUGCCACAGCAGACCUUCAGAGGCAGCGGAAAGAACUCCACCAAGCCUGGGAGGAUCUGCUGGGCCUCACGGACCACCGCAAGGAGAGUCUCAGUGAAGCCCAGAAGUUCUACCUGUUCCUCAGCCAGGCCAGGGACUUAGAGAACUGGAUCAAUGGCAUUAGAAGCAUGGUAUCAUCACAGGAGCUGGCAGAGGACUUAACAGGCACAGAGAUCUUGCUGGAACGUCAUCAGGACCAUCGUGCUGACAUGGAGGCAGAAGCUCCCUCCUUUCAGGCCUUAGAGGACUUCGGGGCAGACCUGAUUGGCAGUGGGCACAGUAACAGCCCUGAAAUUGAGGCGAAGCUUCAGGCUGUUCGACUGGAGAAAGCUGGAUUAGAGGACGCAUGGGGAUGGAGAAAGAGGAUGCUGGAGCAGUGUCUGGAGCUGCAGUUAUUCCGAGGAGACUGUGAUCAGGCAGAGAGCUGGAUGGUGGCACGGGAGAACUUCCUGAGGUCUGAGGACAGGAGUUCCUUAGACAGUCUGGAGGCUUUGAUGAAGAAGCGAGAUGACUUGGACAAAGCAAUCUCAGCCCAGGAAAAGAAAAUUAAGGAACUUGAGCAGUGUGCCAAGCGGCUCAUCGCUGAUGACCACUAUGCCGAGGAGGAGAUAGCCACCCGGCUGCAGCGGGUGCUAGACAGGUGGAGAGCUCUGAAAGUGCAGCUAGUGGUUGAGCGCACCAGGCUGGGUGACUUCGCAGACCUCAAGCAGUUCUACCGGGAUCUAGAGGACAUGGAAGAAUGGAUCACAGAGAUGCUGCCCACGGCCUGUGACGAGUCCUACAGGGACCCUACCAACAUCCAGAGGAAGUACCUGAAGCACCAGACGUUUGAGAAUGAGGUCAAUGGCCGGGCAGAGCAGGUGGAGGCCACUCUCAACUUGGGGGUCUCCCUGAUUGAGCGCAAGGCAUGUGAUGGCAAUGAAGAGGCCGUGAAGGAUCAAUUGGAGGAGCUGGAGAAACAAUGGAACUACCUGCUGGAGAAGACAAUCGACAAAGGGCAGAAGCUCAAUGAGGCCAGUCGCCAGCAGAGGUUCAACACAGGCAUCCGUGACUUCGAGUUCUGGCUCUCAGAGGCAGAGACACUGCUGGCCAUGAAAGACCAGGCCAGGGACUUGGCUUCUGCAGGGAACCUUCUCAAGAAGCAUCAACUCCUGGAGACAGAAAUGCUGGCCCGGCAGGAUGCCCUUAAGGAUCUGAACACACUGGCCCAUGAGCUACUGUCCAGUGGGACCUUCAAUGCUGACCAGAUCACGGAGAAGCAGCAUCAGGUGAACCAGCGCUUUCUGAAGGUUGAAGACUCGGCCGCAGCCCACCAUGAGAAGCUUAAAGAGGCCCACGCCCGCUUCCAGUUCUUCCAGGACCUGGAUGAUGAGGAGUCCUGGAUGGAGGAGAAGUUGCUCCGGUUAAGCUCACAGGACUAUGGGAGGGACCUGCAGGGGGUCCAGAACUUACUGAGGAAACACAGACGCCUGGAGGGAGAGCUGGUGGCCCACGAGCCUGCCAUCCAGAACGUGCUGGACAUGGCAGAGAGGCUGGGUGACAAGGCCACCACGAACCAGGAGGAGAUCCGGGAGCGACUGGCCCAGUUCGUUCAGCACUGGGAGGAGCUCAAAGCACUGGCUUUGGCAAGGGGGCUGUGCUUGGAGGAGUCCCUGGAGUAUCUGCAGUUCAUGGAGAAUGCAGAGGAGGAGGAAGCCUGGCUCCGGGAAAAGGAAGCUCUGGUCACUCCUGGGGACUACGGAGUUACCCUGGCUGCCACUCAGAGUUUGCUGAAGAAGCAUGAAGCAUUGGACAAGGACUUUGCUGUCCAUGAGACUCGAGUGCAAGAUGUGUGUGCCCAAGGAGGGGACAUACUGAGCAAGGGUGAAAGUCAGUACCAGGAGAAGAUUUCAGCAAAGAUAGAGGCUCUGAGAGCAAAGACCCCUUCAAUGUCUGGGGCACUCAUCACUUGGAAGAUGCAGUUGGAAGAUGACUUUGCCUUUCAGCAGUUCAGCUGGAAGGCUGACGUGGUGGAGUCCUGGAUAGCGGAGAAGGAGGCAAGCCUGAAGACUGGUGGCAAUGGUGCUGACCUGGGCACCUUCCUCACAUUCUUGGCAAAGCAGGACACACUGGAUGCCAGUAUCCAGAGCUUCCAGCAGGAGAGGCUUUCGGAGAUAACAGACCUGAAGGACCAUCUGGUGGCUGCACAGCACAGCCAGGCCAAAGCCAUUGAGGAGCGCCAUAUAGCCCUGCUUAGGCGCUGGGAACAGCUGCUGGAAGCUUCCGCCACUCACAGGCAGAAACUACUGGAGAAGCAGCUGCCUCUGCAAAAGGCUGAGGAGCUGUUCAUGGAGUUCGCACACAAGGCCUCAGCUUUCAACAACUGGUGCGAGAACGCUGAGGAGGACCUGAUGGAGCCUGUCCACUGCAUCUCCCUGAAUGAGAUCAGGCAGCUGCAGAAGGACCAUGAGGCUUUCCUGGCCUCUCUGGCAGGAGCCCAGGCAGACUUCAACCACCUGCUAGAGCUGGACCAGCAGAUCAAGGCUUUAGGGGUCCCCUCCAGCCCCUAUACUUGGCUCACUGUGGAGGUGCUGGAGAGAAUCUGGAAGCACCUGCCUGACAUCAUCAAGGAGCGGGAGCUGGAACUGCAGAAGGAAGAUGAAAGGCAGGUGAAGAACUUUGAGAUGUGCCAGGAAUUUGAGCAAAAUGCCAGUGCCUUUCUGCAGUGGAUCCUGGAGACCAGGGCGUAUUUUCUAGAUGGAUCUUUGCUCAAGGAAACUGGAACUCUGGAAUCUCAGUUGGAAGCAAAUAAAAGGAAGCAAAAGGAGAUCCAGGCAAUGAAGCGUCAUCUGACCAAGAUUGAGGAUCUGGGGGACAGCUUGGAGGAGGCUCUGGUCCUAGACAUCAAAUACAGCACUAUCGGUUUGGCCCAGCAGUGGGACCAGCUUCACCAGCUGGGGAUGAGGAUGCAGCACAGCCUGGAGCAGCAGAUCCAAGCCAAAGACACCAUUGGGGUGAGUGAGGAGACACUAAAGGAGUUCAGCACAACCUACAAGCACUUUGAUGAAAACUUGACAGGGCGUCUGAGCCACAAGGACUUCCGGUCCUGCCUUCGUGGACUUAAUUACUACCUGCCCAUGGUGGAGGAAGGAGAGCCUGAACCUAAGUUUGAGAAGUUCCUUGAUGCCAUUGACCCUGGGAGGAAAGGAUACAUAUCCCUGGAGGACUAUACCUCCUUCCUGAUUGACAAAGAAUCAGAGAAUAUCAAAUCCAGUGAUGAAAUUGAGAAUUCCUUCCAAGCACUGGCGGAGGGCAAAGCAUACAUCACCAAGGAGGACAUGAAGCAGGCCCUUACUCCAGAGCAAGUGUCCUUCUGUGCCUCCCACAUGCAGCAGUAUGUGGACCCCCGGGGCCGAGGCCACCAGGCUGGCUACGACUAUGUGGGCUUUACCAACUCCUACUUCAGCAGCUAAUGAGCAUAUCAUGAUCUUAAAAAGUCUAGGAGUGGGGACUCUUGGGACUAAGGAGAUACUCAGAUAUAAAGAGGGAAGAGGUGUGUGUAUGUGUGUGUGUGUGUGUGUUUAUUUCAUGUAGCCUAGCACUAGCAAGAGAGUAUCAUAGAGUUAGAGAAGAUCAUGAAUCUGAGCACCUAAGUCUUGCUUUUCAUUUGUUGCGUUGACAUGCAUUUAUCAUGCCUUUUUUUUUUGAACAUAGUAUUUCCUUGGAGAAAAAGCAUUCAUUUUAAAGUAUCUUUUUAAUAGGGAAACAUCUAGCCCAAAUAUUUGGACUGCACUGGGCACCCGUGCUUCUGAGACUUAUGUUUCAGAGUGGUUCUCUGAAUUAGGCAGAAGAUUUCAUGGCCAAUAAGGGCCAUAGUAAUGAGUAGAGUAGACAGGUAACAUCCAAGAUGGUUCACAAAAAAUUCUUCUGGAGCUGUGGAUCAUGUUGAAACUCUUACACCUGAAAGUAUAGGUGCUUGAUAUUCUGGGGAACAUCAAUCACUCAGUCCAUGGAAUAGAACUAUCCAUAAAAUACCAGUUUAAAAACAUAUUUUCCAUUUAGUCUGUCCUUAUUUUUUUCUUCCAAAUGUCCUCGUCUGAGCAAAUGUUAUCAAUCACAAAAGAGAAAACAAAACAACAACAACAGAAAAAACCCCAGUCUAUCAGGGCUUCUUCCUUCUUUUGUCCUUUAAGUCCCCAUAUUUCAUCUUCAAUUUUAAUGUUAUAGGGAGAAAGCUUGUGUUGGCCUCCUUCUAUCUAUCUCCUAUUAGUAGGAGUCAGAAGACUUGCUUGUAAAAAUUAAAACACAGAAGCAAGAAAAGCCAGUACCUCCUCAGCACAAUGUCCAGGCUGCUUUUGGUCUGAGCAGUUUCAGAUUCCUAACUCCUCAGAGAUCAGAGUGGGGCUGCUUGUUGCUGGGAGUUCAGGCCCCUUCUUGGCCCUGGGAAAUUGCAGAGACUGGCUUCACCUCCUGACCCAGGGACAUCAACACUUGAUUUCCAUGUUAAGGUUCACUCACACCCCACCCCACCUACACUGUGCACGUAAACAAGCCCUUCCAUGGCCACAGACAAAUCCUGUUGCAGAAAUCAUUUUUAAAACUUUUGGAAGACUGGUGGCAAUUGUUCAGCCGGUAAAGCACAGGACUUGCAUACCUGAGGCUCCUGGUUUGAUCCCUGGCUCUAUGUGUUCUUGAAUGGUACUCUGACCUGCCCUUUCUGUGACAACAAAACAAAUCUUUAAGGAAAUAAAAUAAUUUUGAUUUAAACAAAAAAGGUAUCUCUCUGCACCUCAUAACAUC